UCUUUCUUUAAAGGAUGUGUAGUUGGUUAUCUGUGAAUUACACAGUACAAUUUCAUGUGAAUGCUCAGUAUAUUUGUACAGCCACAGGACCUUUUGCCAUCCUCCUCCUCGUCAUGUUGAGGAAGGGCUCAGAGCUGCUGAAGGGAGACAGAGUAGUCCUCCUGGAUCUGAAUGAGGGAGAAGCACAAACCACAGACAGCUAUGGGAGUCUGCAAAACGGGAGCUUCAUCCCGCCGAGAUAUCUUUCAGCCGCAGCUGCUGACGAAGAUACGGAUGGUGAUGAUCCCAUGUAUGCUUACUGUAACACAAGAAGUAACCAGCCAGUUCCUCAGCUGGGGAAUUACUUCAGAGAUGGAAGAACCAAAAUCGGUCUAUCCUUUUUAAUGGCUGGUCUGGGUUUAGACUUUGUACUCGUAUGGGAGAUCCGCUCGGGGAGGAAACGUCGAGGAAAGGGGAAGAGCGAGGUGACAGGUGAGGAGGUGGAAGCAGCGCCCACUGAGCAGAACAGCAGGUCUGAACGAAGGAAGGCACAGCUGGCACUGUGGAGAGAGAAGUUUGUUCAGAAUCUGGAGAGUGCUGGAUUGCUCAUGGAAAAGGAGGAAACAGCGAAUGAAAAGAAAACAAUACAUUUUCUAAAACUUAGCGCUCCUUGGGACGUGUUGGUGUAUUACGCUGAGGAACUCUGUCUGAGAGCUCCAUUGCAGGCACAGCAAAAUCUGGACUUAAACACAUCUGCCCGGGUACUGAAAAAACUAUGCAUACCUAACAUAAUGACGGACUCAGUGCCAAACAGGCCGCUGGACUAUUACACAUGUGCCUUUCGCAAGUCAAAGAUGAGCAGGUUCCUUGGCUGUGACGACCAUGAAACCUACUUCACUAAUACACAGAGACACCGUGUUGUGUAUGAGAUUCUUGCCAAGACAGUGUACGGCAAAAGGAAGAGGGCUGAAGUUGGUGUGGACCGACUGGUUAAUGAAGGGGUGUACAAAGCAGCUUUCCCCCUGCACGAGGGCUCUUUUCGGCUUCCAAAGUAUGAGAUUCGUCCUGACGAACUGAACCAGAGGCAGAUUCUUUACCACUACUGGGCCCGCUGGUGCAAAUGGUACAAGUACCAACCACUGGACCACAUCAGGGAGUACUUUGGGGAGAAGAUUGCACUCUACUUUGCCUGGCUGGGUUUCUACACAGCCUGGCUGCUGCCGGCGGCAGUGGUUGGAACCCUGGUCUUUGUGUCUGGAGUCAUGUCCAUGGGUACCAACACACCAGCUAAGGACAUCUGUAACAGCGGAGCUAGUUAUCUGAUGUGUCCUCUCUGUAAUACAUGCAAGGCCUGGAACAUGUCUGAUAUCUGCACAAUGGCCAAGUUAGGCUACUUAUUUGACCACCCAGGUACAGUCCUCUUCAGUGUAUUCAUGUCCUUCUGGGCCGUAACCUUCCUGGAGUACUGGAAGCGCAAGAUGGCCACCCUGGCCCAUCACUGGGACUGCAUGGACUUCCAUGAAGAAGAGGAGCGUCCUCGUCCAGAGUUUGCGGCCAUGGCCCCGACUAUGGAGCCAAACCCAGUGACUGGGGUGAAAGAGCCCUACUUUCCAGAGAAGACCAGGUUUGCCCGCAUGUUCACUGGCUCCAUGGUCAUCAUUAUGAUGCUGUGUGUGGUAAUGAUCUUCCUGGUGACGGUGGUCAUGUGCCGCGGUAUCAUCAGCUUGAUGAUGUUUCGUACUGGGAGCCCCAUCCUGCGUACAGAGGCCGGGACCAUAGCCAACAUCUCCAGCAGUAUUGUGAGUCUGGGCCUUAUCUUGUUGAUGGGGCAGGUCUACACUGCAUUAGCUGAGCAGCUCACUAAAUGGGAGAUGCACAGAACACAAACCCAGUAUGACAACGCUUUCAUCUUCAAGGUGUUCAUCUUCCAGUUUGUCAACUUCUACUCAUCCCCCUUCUAUGUGGCUUUUUUUAAAGGAAGGUUUGUGGGUUACCCCACCAACUAUGGCACCUUGUUUGGGAUGAGAAAUGAAGAUUGUGGUCCCGGGGGUUGCCUUAUUGAACUGGCUGAGCAACUCUUCAUCAUCAUGGUGGGAAAGCAACUCAUCAACAACAUUCAAGAGUUCAUUAUUCCUAAAGUGAAGGCUUGGCGCCAGAAGAGAACUUUGGCCAAGGUGCUGGGUGAUAAGGCAUCCCAUGAGCCUCAGCGCUGGGAAGAAGACUACCAGCUGGUAGAGUGUGAAGGCCUGUUCGAAGAGUACCUGGAGAUGGUGCUUCAGUUUGGGUUCAUCACCAUCUUUGUGGCAGCGUUCCCCCUCGCUCCGCUCUUCGCCCUCCUCAACAACUGGGUGGAAAUCCGUCUGGACGCCCAUAAGUUUGCGUGCGAGUACCGCCGGCCCGUAGCAGAGCGUGCCCAGAACAUCGGAGUCUGGUUCAACAUACUGGAAGCCCUGUCACACCUGUCCGUCAUCGCCAAUGCUUUCCUAAUAGCCUUCACAUCAGAUUUUCUACCUCGUCUGCUCUACCAGUACAAGUUUGAUUAUGAUCUCAAAGGAUACGUCAACUUCACCUUGGCUUACGCCCCACUUAACUACACUGAGUACCCCAUGUGCAGAUAUAAAGCGUACAGAGACAACGAUGGAAACUACUCACUGUUCUACUGGGAGCUUCUUGCCGUCAGACUUGGUUUUAUCAUUGCUUUCGAGCAUGUGGUGUUCUUCGUGCUGCGAGCCAUCGACUGGAUCGUGCCAGAUGUCCCAGAAUCCCUGGAGCUGAAGAUCAAGAGGGAGCGCUACCUGGCCAAGCAGGCUCUGGCUGAAAACCAAGAGGCUCUGUUGGUGAGUCGAGGCCGAGGGCCCGCCCCUGCCACUCCAGACACCUCCAGCCCAGGUCAGUAGAACAUAGGGGACACACAGACACACACAAUGCAGUGCAACACAAACUCAUUCAUAAAACCUGACACUCUAGCUCUGUAAGUAAAUGUUUAGGUGUGAGCAAGUCUAGAUUCUUAGGGUUCUAUAUCAUGGGUCCUCUAAUGUAAUGGAAGCAUUAGGUUGUAUUUGAUAAGUAUUACUUAUCUGAUUAAGUUAUCCUUUAACUUUUAUAAUGUCUAGAUCAUUCAAAGGGUCAAUUCACCCAAAUAAAACAUAUCUUCUCAUUUAGCCCUGUUUUUAUCUAGUCGCACUGAUUUUUUUUUUUGAUUUCAGAUAUCUGCCUCUCAAAUAUCUGCUGCUAUUCAAAUACAACAAAGAUGACAAGAAUUUUGUUUGUGCAAACAAAGUCCUUGUUAUUGUCGAUAAUACAGGCAUCUGACCUAAAUAUCACAAUUAUAUUGUUAAUGUUUGAUGUUCUGCAGUAUGUUAUUGUCCCAUUUGGUUCCACACAGGUGAUCAAUGAAACAAUGCACCAGAGGAGGUUACAGGUUACAUACAGUAGUGAACCAGUCACUGUUGACUCUCAUAAAUAAAUUCCAGGCUUUUAAAAGCUCACCCAUUCCUGCACACACCUCCACAGAGCAUUUGCAAAAUACCUGCGGCUGGAUUGGCUAUUAUAAACGGGCUACAACACAGCACGCAACAUAAUCAUUAAAGGUAAUCUGUGUGGGACGUGAGCCAAAUAUGUCAGUGUCAGAUGAAUGUCUUUACAUCCAAAGACCGUGUGGGCUGUUGGACUAGUUAAUAUCAUAAUUUCCUCUAUAAACACUGCUGUAAUCGAUCAUUAACCUAAAAGUGUGACAGAAAUAAAAUGAAAAAAAAAAAAACCAUUUCAUUCAAGCAUUAAUCAGUGAACAGUUCAAAUACACCCUGUGUUCAUAUUCUCCACCUGAGGAUCACAGCCUGUACAUUCACAUUUUGUCCGUGGCAAAUACAGUCCCAUCCUCAUCUGUGUGUGUGUGUGUGUCCCUGUGUUCUGACCCAUGCUGUUGUCAUGUGUCUCAUGUAGUCAUGUUGCUGGAUCAGGCCAGGUGAGUACUACAUAACACGUAAGUAAAUGGCUUUCUCAAAAAGGAUUUUAUUAUUUCAGUAACAAGAGCAAAAUUGAUCUACUUAAAAUGGACUCAAGUUUAUAAAACAUUCAGUGGCAUUAAACCUGAAAUACAUACAGUACUACAGCACAGUUAUCAUUUCUCGCCACAACUAUAUUAUCAACUGUUAUAUGUGAUAAAUAAGUACAUAAGUGAAAAAGAUAGGGCCCCAGUUGUGGACAGGGUCCUUGCUCAGAAUUAUAGUUACAGAGUAUUGUGUUAGGCUGCAUUUACAUUGCUACCUUUUGGUUUAAAAACAAAUAUCUUUUGCUACGUUUACACCUCGCAUUCACACUGCUCUGGCGUUUCAGAGCCCCUAAACCAGAGAAAUUU